CAAUCGUGUUUCUCUCUAACCGAUCAGAGGUCUCGCCUAUCCCUUGUACAUGUGCAAGAGGAAGACACCAUACAGAUAGCAGUUUAUAGGCCAACUCUCCUGGAAAGGCAGUUGACUCAGAGGAGAUCCUUCUUGACGGACAAGCAAAGUCGUCUGUUGGCUGACCUUACCAUGCUACGGGAACUAUUACAGGUAGCAGAAGACAUGGAUCCUGCAACUGUACUGAGCCGUAUUAACGCCAUCAGAAAUGAUAAAGAGGUUUUCGAGCGUAGCGGAACAUGGAUGAUGUCACGAGUCGCCUCGUCACUAAUUGCUGAUAUCGAAACGUUGUGUGGCUAUGGAGCAUUCAAGUCACGUCCUUUCGCUUCCCCUCCGAAAUGGGAAGUUUUGGCAUCGGUGUUGGAGGAAAUCAAGAGCAUUCCCGUUCGACAGUGUGAAGUCGGUCCAGACGGUCCGUCGGUGUUGUUGUUCGUUAAUGAUGAGGCCGUCGUUCGACAACUGACCGAUCUCAUCAGGAAUGGUCCCGAGUUUCUUCGCUGGAUGACAAGGCGUUCGUUAGGUGGUGGAGGUGCCGGGAAAGAGCCUGCACGAUCUCCUCUUUGGGAAGUCGACGACGUCAUACCGUUCCAGAGAGGAAACCUGGCAUCCGAACCACGUAAAGAGAUGAUAACGGAUCUUCAAAAGAAUACGGUUGUAACCGCAAGAGCGUCCAGACGACGUCGAAAGGCUGCCGAAGAUCUCGUAGGAUUGUCGGAUACGAGCAAGAAGCAAACGAAAAUCGUUCAAUUCGGCAUCUUGCAGUACAAGAAGAAGCGGGUAGUAGGCGACGGUAAGAGUUGUGUUCCAUACCCCUAG